UGACAAGUCUCACAGAUUUCCAGAUACUGUAUCUCCUGAGCUUUGGGGAAUUAGUAGCUGAAAAUUAGGUAUAAAAAAUGGCCAACUUUGGAGGACAUGCCAUUCCUGGCUCUUUUUUCUUGCUCUAUGGCUUUUGGCUAACAGUUAAACACGUCCUCCAACACUUCUGGAGGACACAUCAGCCCAAAGGACGACAGAAUAUGCCACCUUUCUUUAAAAAAAUUGACUAUGUUGAGGGAGGACUCCAAAUCUUUGCUGCGUUUGUGGGUAUCAUGGUUGAACAGUUUGUGGUAGAUGGACCACAUGCCCACCUCUACACUAGCGAAUCUUGGGUCAAGCCAAUGAACUGGCAGCACAGCACAAUGUAUCUGUUCUUUGGGAUCAGUGGAAUAGCAAUGGUUGCCAGUACUAGAUGCAAACUGGUGCCAACUGGUGUUGACCGCCUUGCUCUCUCUUUGGCUCUUUUUGUUGAAGGGUUUUUGUUCUAUUACCAUGUGCACAAUCGGCCCCUUCUGGAUGCCCAUAUCCACAAACUGGUGCUAGUGCCUGUGUUUGGUGGAUCAGCUAGCACUAUGUUGGAGGUGUUCAUAAGAGAUAACAUUAUUUUGGAGCUACUGAGGGCAUGUCUGUUCAUCCUGCAGGGCUCGUGGUUCUACCAGAUUGGAUUUGUACUUUACCCAUUACGUGGACCAGCAUGGGACUCGAACGAUGGAAACGUCAUGUUCAUCACUAUGUGCUUCUGCUGGCAUCUAGCUGUGGCCCUGCUUUUAGUCGCUUGCACCUCCAUCGUGGUUUGGUCCACAGUGAGGCGAUUCUCAGGAAGGCAACUGGACACAGAGAUUGGAAUGCGAAACACGUCCUCCAAAACAAGCUCCCAGAAAGCCUUGCUUGAAGAAUCGGAUGAAGAGUGAAUGCUUCUUUAUAAUUUAUGAAGUUGUGACUUUUGAGAUUAUAUUUAGGUGGGGGAUCGGGUGCACAUUUGGGUGAAGGUGCUGUUGUGACUACAACUGUGGAAACAGAUUUUGGGGA